UGCACGGUUGAGGCAGUCUACUGGUGAUGCUCGAUAUCAACCUGACGACUAAAACAGGGUGUUGCGUGAAUCUGGAUUUAUAAAAGGUGUGACAUGCCGUGGAUAACGCCGAAGACCUAUUUUACCGCUUGGUCCGGACCCUAUAAUUCGCUUCAGCGCGUAAUUGGCUGAACUAGGAAGAGAAAAGGGCUCGAUCAUGGGGAACGAGGGAAGCAUGGAAGCCGGAGAAGGCGGACUGGACGGGAACCCGGCGGGAUCGGAGGCGGAGCUCAUGCGUCUGAGCGAGGAGGAGCGCAGGAAGCUGCUUGGCACCAUGGCAGACGCGAAGUCAAGGUCAUCAGAGCAUCAGCCACCUGGUGCACGAAGGCCUGUUGGGCUUAGUAAAAGUCGAACUGUAGACGCAUUUGGAGAAGGCUUACCUCCAAAGCCAAAGCCUGGCCGCAGCCCUUCUUCCCUCAGCCUUCUUGAGUCCCGCUUUCGGCAGGAGCCCAAAGACCCUGAGCAGCCUCGCACCGGCAUGUUCAGCUCCUCCUUCCUCAGUGGGGUCUCUUCAGCUGUUUCUUCUGCCAGCAUUCCCAAGUUCAGUCUUUUUGGUGAUGAUGACGAAGAUGCAACCAAGCAGGAAGCUAAACCUUCUGGUCCUCAGCAGGGCCCAGUUAAAGGGCAAGGACCACCACAACAGAGACAGGGAACUCCACUACAAGGUCCUGGAGCAAAGCCUGUGAGUCCUGGACCUGGGCCUCAAAAGCAAGGACCCAAACCUGUGGGCCCUGGACCUCAACAACAGAAUUCUGGUAAACCAGAUCCAGGAAGCCCAGGCAAACCUGCUGGACCACAGCAAGGUCCUCCUAAAGCUGUACCCCAGCCUGCUGGCACUGGAAAGCCCGGAAAGUCUGAAGGACCUCUGUGUCUGCUUUGUAAAGUUACUGAGUUGAACUUGCAGGCCAAAGAUCAGCCGCCAAACUACAACACCUGCACUCAGUGCAAACAGCAGGUGUGCAGUCUGUGUGGAUUCAGCCCUCCCGACUCAAUGGGUAAAGAGUGGCUAUGUCUAAACUGCCAGAUGCAACGAGCAGUGGGGGGCAUGGAACCCCCUGUCACAUCAAUGAUGAAACAGCCUCCAAAGCAGAGUUCAGUUCCUGCAUCACCACAAAAGAAAGAGUCAACACUUGGUUCACCCACCAAGGAUCCAGGAAAGAAACCACCAAUGCUGACCAAGCAGCAGAGCACUGUUUCAAAUACAGAAAAAGGAGCCACUCCUCCAACAACUCCCAAACAGAAAACUCCUGCCUCAGGGGCACAACAGUCUGAUGAAACUCAGCCUGGAACUGCAGGACCAAAACCUGGACCGCUGCCACCUCCAUUUCAGAAACCAUUACAAAGUCCAAAGGGCAGUCCCCAACCAUCUCCUGCAAAAACCACCCCCAAACAGGAUGCCGGAGGCUUUUUUGGAGGAUUUAGUCUUGGAGGGUUGUCGGAAAUGACAAAACCCCCUGCAGCUGAGUUGGUCACAGGAAAGUUGUUUGGCGGUUUUGGCAGCUCAUCCAAAACACAAAGUGCCACUCCAGCACAAGUGGGUGAAUCAGUAACUGGAAAGCUAUUUAGCGGGAAUAGUGGAAUAACUGAACCAGCCAAGCCACCAGCAGCACAAUCUGAGGCAGCCGAGGGCAUGCAGGAAAAGAUGUUUGGGUUUGGCUCAUCAAUCCUUAGCUCAGCCACUAACCUCAUCAAUGGGGAAGAGUCAAAGUCUCCCCCAGGGUCUACCCCUGACUCCCCAACUGAAUCUAGUGCGGAAUCGCUUCCAGGAUCUCUUCCUGAUUCUGAAUCGCCACCGGAUACCCCACCUGUGAAUUCAAAGCCAGAUCCUCCCAAACCUGGAUCCACUGAUGGAAAGGCCUCAUCAGAUAAGAUCAGUCUAGAGGGUGAAAAAGCUAUAGAUCUUCCCCAUCAAGCCAUCUGUCCACUUUGUAAGGUGAACCUAAACAUGGGAUCAGGAGAUGUGUCCAAUUAUAGUACCUGUACAGAGUGCCAGAAGACUGUGUGCAACCUUUGUGGUUUUAACCCUACGCCACAUCUCUCAGAGAAAGAGUGGCUAUGUCUGAACUGCCAGACUCAAAGAGCUCUCUCUGGACAACUUGGGGAGGACAUGCCACCUCUGAGCUCUUCAUCAAAGCAGCUUUCUAAAUUGCAACACACCCCUCCCUCCUCCCCAUCCCACACUGUCUCCUCCACCCCUUCAGUACCUGCUCCCCCUGCCAAAGGACUUACAAGAACCCCCAGUGUAACUCAGGCUUCAGCUGACAAGCCUGAGCUUGAUUUAGUUACAGUUAUCAAUAAACCUGUCGUACAGUCAGCUGCAGUGAAACAGAACGAGACACAGGCAGAACCGGAAAGCACACAGAUGAAAGAAGAUGCUGUUCCUGCAAAAGAUGAAAAACUAGCGAACCAAUCUAGUGACAAAGAUGGAAGUAAUCAAGUAUACAGUCCAACCAGUACUUCAGAUUUGUCAGAGUUGGAAAGCACUGUACUUCCAGUAAUAGAGUCCGCACCCUCUAAAGAUGAAUCACAAAGUCAGUCAGACAAGUUCAUACAACAUCUGGAGUCUCAAAAACUUAGCUCAGAAGAGGACAGGCAUGAAAAUGUUCAAGCUAAAAAGGAUGAUGCUACAGACUCUAAUAAAGAAAGAAAAAAGCUGCUUGUCUCAGUGGAACUUCAACAAAACAUUUUGGAAGACAGUAGUGAUGGGGAAUUCUCACCUAUGAUAGAAGUAGUAAGAGUGCCAGGGAAAGAAAUUUAUAUGGAAGAGAUAAGCCCAGAGAAUAUUCAGAUUAUGAUGGCUAAGGCCAAUGAGGAUGUUUCCCCAUCUGAUGGUGAAAAACUAACAGGGCAAAAAACAAGUGAUGAGGAAGGGAUACAAUCAAAGCAAGGUGAAAAGGAAGGCAUCAUGGACAAGAAUGGAUCAGACAAAGUUAGGUGUCUUAUCAAAAACAGCAGUAUCAGUCCCGAUGAUGAGCCAGAUAGUAAAACCGUCAUUUCUGUGGCUAAAAUUGAGGAAAUAGAUCAAAUGGAUCAGCUUGAAGAAAAUAGAGCUGGUAUUCGCCAUUUCAAAACAAUUGAACUUAUUACAGCUACUGCACGCCAAGCUUCAGAUGAUGGUGAGCCUGAGAGCCUUACAGAUUCUCCAGAUGACAGAUCCAGAGGUGAAGGUUCCUCAAGCUUACACGCUUCCAGUUUUACCCCAGGGACAUCUCCAACGUCAAUGUCUUCACUUGAUGAAGACAGUGAUAGCAGCAGCCCAAGCCAUAUUCGUUCCAGUGGUGAGGGCAAACAGCACAGGAAAGCUAAGCACCGGCAGUCAGGUCAGAUGCUACCCACUAUUGAAGAUUCAUCUGAAGAAGAAGAGCUCCGUGAAGAAGAAGACCUACUGAAAGAACAGGAAAGGCAAAAGAAUUCUGGAAAGAAAUCAAAGAAAGAUAAAGAGGAAAUACGUGCACAAAGAAGGAGGGAACACCCAAAAACUACACCAAGCAACCUGUCACCUAUUGAGGAUGCUUCUCCAACAGAAGAGCUGCGGCAAGAAGCAGAGAUGGAGGAAAUCCGUAGAUCCUCUUGUUCAGAUUUCUCCCCGAGUAUAGAAUCAGAACCAGAAGGUUUUGAGAUUCUCCCAGAGAAAAUUGUUGCUGUUCAAAAAGUGUAUGAAUUACCAACAUCAGUGUCCUUGUACUCUCCAACAGAUGAUGAACAUACUGAUAAUCAGUCCAAGUCCAAAGAAACUGAAGACAAACAAGCCUCAAACACCUCAGAUGAAGCUUAUGAGGAGAUAAUACUCAGGGCGAAAUCUCCAACGAUGGAGACAAUGGAAGUCCAACCUGGAAAAGAAUCUCUUUAUAGUGGCAUGCUGAUUGAAGAUUAUGCAUAUGAGUCUUUGGUUGAUGACACCUUUGUGGAUCAGGUCCAAAGCAACAUUUCUGUACCAGAAAAAUGUAAAAAAUUAAGAUCACCAGAUGAAGUUUAUGAAGACAUGAUGAAGAUAAAGCAAGAAAUGUUGUCCAAAGAACAGCAGCUGAAACAAGAUCAUUCCAUCAAAGAAUUUCCAAACCAAGAGGUUCUGAUUCAACAAACAGAUUGUACGGAAGAGACAAUCUCCAAAAGCGUUUCUGGCCAAUGCCAACUAGACAAACACAGAAAACCUCUGUUAGAUGCAGAGGAAGCGUAUGAAAUACUUAUGAAAAAACAGAAGGCUGUGCUUACACCUGGCACCAGCCCUACACAGACAGUUCCAGAUUUAAAUGGCAGAGCACAUGAUAUAGAAGCCACUUCUAGUGAAAAAGCAGAGAUCUUUCCUCAAAAAAGAAUUCUUUCUAUACCAGAUCUGACAGUCACACCAUGUUCAUCAGGUGAGGAUGAUUCUGGUGAGGAGGACACUGAAGAUCAAAAGCAGAAUGACAAAACAGCUUCAGUUUGUACAUAUACUGCAGAGACUAAACCAACAUCAUUUUCCACCAGUCAAUCUCAACAACCAGCAACUUAUUCUCCAGUGUUAGAGCCAGCUGUUAAUGAAUCUGUUUUAACAAAAGAAGAAGAACCCUCUCAGCCAGUGCCAUCACAUGACCAGGCUGAUGUUGUUGACUUGUCAAAAUCUUCAUCCAUUACUCAAGUGGACGCUUCCUUUGCUCCAAUUCAUGUUAUAGUUUCUAGACCUUCUGUCCCAGUUAUAUCCCCAUUACCCACUGUACCGCAAUACACUCCAACAGUACCUAGUGUAAUAUCAACUGCUCCACCUGUACCUCCUAAGCCAAUGGUUCUACGUAGAGGUGCAUCUCAGGAAAAAGCAGACAUUCCUGUUCCCCCUCCCCUGCCACCUCCUACAUUACCUAAGCCUGCCGUUUAUCCAAAAAAGAAACCACCUCAAGUUCCCCAACGAACGAUUCCAGUUAGUGUGACAAGUGCAGGCCCUCAUGCACAGAUACGACAACCCAUUGCACCAACUUACAAGCCUCAUGUUCCUCCUCCUGUGCCUCCAAAGCCAUCCUCAAUACCUGCAGGCCUUACUUUUAGUCACAGACCCGGAGACACAGUUAAGCCUCCCAUAGCUCCAAAGCCCACGCCAAGUCCUCAGCCAAUGUCUUCUAUGUAUGCCCCGGUUAGACCAAACAUACUAUCCACAAGCAUUGAAGAUGGUGCUCUGAAUCUGAGUCCUGCAGCCGAUAGUAAGUCAGCAACUACAUCACCGAUAAAAUCUCCUUCAUCCCCCAGGAUUGGUAAGUCAUUACGUGAUACUUAUGUGGUCAUUACUCUACCAUCCCAGCCUGGUUCGCCUGUAGAAAGUAUAACAACACAAGCUUCAACAAGUUUUGUUCACCCAUCACCCAGCAAACAAGCUACCUCUCAUCCUCAACCACAGCCACGAUCACAUGUGGAGCCAACACCACUAUCACAAACAACUAUGGUACCAUUAGCUUUCACAAAAAUUACAGAAUCUGUAGAAAGCCAGGAAAUAUGUGGUCCAGAAAAGGUCAUUUCAUGCGAAAGUCGUGUGUAUGAGGCUAUUUUAGCUUCACAGCCUUCAUCAGUAAUUCCAAACGUUGAUGUCCAUGUAGUAAGUACUGAAGUCCAGAAAACUACAGUAUCUGUUGUACAUGAAAAAACACCAACUCUUACUUCUUGGAGAGCUGAGAUACCAACUAUCCCUGAAAAUCUAAAAUCCCAACCAGUACAAGUACAUAAUGAAUCUGCAUAUCAUGCCGGAGAUGUUGUUGAUCUGCGCACCCCAAAAAUGGAUGCUGAAAUUGCUAUGAAAGGUAUGGACUUAUCAUCAUCAGAUUCACAACGACAGUCCUUCUUGGCUGAUGGGAAUGUACGGCAACAAAGUGCUGUUCAGUCUUCAGUAAUAAAUCUGAGCACUGAUACUUCUUCGGUAUCUGUGGUAACUAACAACAUCACCAUCCUCACUUGUACAGCUACUAUAGCAUAUAGCAACAGUGAUCUGCCCCGGACCACUUCAGGACCACUUCAACUAACAACUGCUAAGUCUUUUGAACCUCUUUCGCAAAUCAUUUAUCGCCCUGUUGAUUAUCAACCAGAAAAGCCAAUCAAUCUCUCCACAACUGUGGGCAAAACACAUUCUGUUCCUGUGUCGUUGGCCUCCCCAAUUGUACACAAUGGCAUCAACACCGGUUUUCCUCCUCGACUGGAAACGUGCAUACCUGGUGCAGUUGAUCUGACAACGAUAAAACCUGUGCAAACUGUGGUGUCUGUAGAUGGGUCCACCUCGGAGGUGGUUACAGCAGUGAUUACAGAGGACGAUGGAAAGCCAGUAGACCUAACAGCAGCAAGACGUGCAGUUUGCUGUGAUGUAGUAUACAAGCUUCCAUUUGCACGUAGCUGUGCCACCCAGCAACCCCCAGCUCCACUUCCAGAGGAUCGAUUCGGCUACAGGGAUGAUCACUAUCAAUAUGAUCGCUCCCCCUAUGGCAUGAGAGGACUUGGUGGAAUCAAGCCCUCAAUGUCUGACACAAAUUUGGCUGAAGCUGGUCUGUUUCUGUACAAAAGUAAGAAUAGUUAUGAUUACAACAGGAACCUUGAGGGUGCUGUAGAUCUUACCUCAGGAAAGUCGUCAGCAACAGGUGAAGCUGUGGACUACUCAAGCAAAGCCACUGGGGCAUUUACCGGAGUUACACUCCCACAGUACACCCAAGCCAGAAUUACGUCAUCUGUUGGAACUCACUUUGGAUCUUCUAGCGUCCUGAGAUCCUCAAAUGGUGUUGUUUACUCCUCAGUAUCAGCGCCAGUUCCUUCCACAUAUGCUAUAACUACCCAACCGGGAUCAAUAUUUAGCACAACAUACAACUCUUUGUCAGGCAUGCACACCAGUGACACAAUGCCAUCAUUGUCAAAUCUGCAGAAUCAUCCUCUUACUAGAUCGCAUAGUUUUCUCUCCACCAUUGUGACCACAGCAGAAAAGCAAGAUUACAUGCCCUUAAACUUGGAGAUAGGUGUUGGUAAGAAUAUGUUCUCCCCUAGUGUUUCAGAAGUAGCUCCUAUAGUAACCACAGCAGCAGCACUGGACUACACAGAUGCCUCACUGGAGGCAAUUGCAGCUUCAUUAGAAGCUUUGUCCUCACCUAUGAUUCCAGGUGAUGAACAGUACCAAAUGGAGCGUGAGCUACUUGAACUAGAGAAGAUCAAACAGCACCACCUUGCUGAGAAACUAGAAUGGGAGAGGCAAGAGAUCCAGCGCUUUCGUGAGCAAGAGCAACUCCUGGUCCAGAAGGAGCUUGAGGAGCUUCAAGCCAUGAAGCAGCAGAUCCUGUGCCAACAGGAGGAAGAGAGGCAAGCACACCUAAUAAUGCAGAAAGAGACAUAUGCUCAGCAACAGGAUCAGUUGGAACAGAUUCAGAGGCUCCAAGAGCAGCUUAGGCAGCAGCUAGAGGAACAGAAAUACAGGCAAAUGUAUCCAGAUGAGCAGACGCCUAUUUUGGGGACAGACAGAAAGAUGGACAGUGGCUGUCAGACUGAUGAAGAAGACAAUACAGAGAAAGCCUACUCUGUGGGUAGAAAAAAGAAGAGUGCCAAAAAGAGUGUAGAUAGUUGUGUGCAAACAGACGAUGAGGACCAAGAUGAGUGGGAUGUUCCUGCUCGAGGUAGACGUAGCAAGCCACGAGGUGGUAAAUACAAUGCAGGUGACAGCAGUGGGGUUUCAGUUCAGGCUCUUACAGAAAUUUCUAUCCAGACAGAUCCUUCAGGAGCUCUAAAAGGACACACUGUGCAAACGGAUACUAGAUUUGAUUUUCCUGAUGCUGACAGAACUUCCCCAACGAAAAGACGUCCUACACCUUUAGAAAUAAGCCAGUCUUCACACCUUAAAGCAGACUCCUCCACUCUUCAGGUUUCCUCAGCUCCCCCUAAAUCUCCAAAAGUCCUUUACUCUCCAAUAUCUCCUUGUAUGUCCCCUAGUAAAUCACUUGAAUUUGUGUCUUAUGAAAAAUCUGUUGGGGACACCAGCCCUCAGAAAUGUUCUGUGGAUCAAUCCAUAUCUACUCCUUCUAGUCCCAGGGCACCAAAAGUCAUUCAGAGGUCAAUGUCUGACCCCAAACCUAUGAGUCCAACUGCAGAAGAGAGGGCAACAUCCAGUUUCCAGUACUCAGAGGGCUAUACUAGUAAGGGAUCUCCCAGUGGAACUCCCCCUGGAACACAAAAAAAGGUAAAGAGGACUCUUCCUAACCCUCCAUCGGAGGAGGAGGCUGCCAAUGCUGGCUCAACAGCAUACAGUACUGCCUCAGCCCGUCGCCGUCUUUGUCGAAACUCUAACAUGGCAAGGGCAAAAAUAUUGCAGGACAUCGAUCGUGAACUGGACCUGGUAGAGCGGGAAUCCUCCAAACUUCGGAAAAAGCAGGCUGAAUUGGAUGAAGAAGAAAAAGAAAUAGAUGCUAAAUUACGAUACCUAGAAAUGGGUAUAAAUAGACGAAAAGAUGCUUUACUCAAAGAAAGAGAAAAAAGGGAACGGGCAUAUCUGCAAAGCGUUGCAGAAGAUCGUGAUUACAUGUCUGACAGUGAGGUGAGCAAUAUCCGUGAGACAAGGAGGGGUGAUGGUAGAGAGGAGGUGAGUGGACUUGAGAGACCCCGCACUGCUCCGCAGUCAGAACUAGAUGAGCUUGUUCCUCCACAGACAAAAUAUGAGUAUGGCAAGUACUCUCAGUAUCAUUAUCCUCAGUAUCAGCAGUCUCUGUUCCAAUCCCAACAGCCCUAUCAGUCCCAAUCCAUCUACUCUUCUGUGCCCUCGCUUACUGCUUCACAGCAGCAGAGUUACCACCAGAUGCUACUACUACAGCAGAAAGCUAGACAACAAGCUGCACUUUUAACUGAACUAGAUGCCACCAAGGUGUCCACGAAUUAUGACAGUUCAUCCUAUUUGGGAGGAAAAUACAGCAAUCAUCUUGACUUGCAUGGUCUGGUGGACCGUGGAAGCAUUAUGGCAGGAAGUCCCAUGUCCAAUGUGUCAGCAGACUCUUUGUAUGCUGACUUAGAUCAGCAUCAUCAAAUACCCAAAAGUUACCUGCUCUUAGAGGAUGCAAGUGAACUUGCAAAGAACACGACAAGUCUUUCAUCUACCAGUUAUGGAAUUGCUGAGAGGGAGCUGACCAAAGCAGAGUGCCUGCUGAGACGCUCAGCAGCAGAUGUAGACACAGAUUACCUUGGCAGUUCCUCAAGGCUUCAUUCCUACGGGAGGGCCCAAGAUGAUGAGGACCCAAUGGAAGACCCAUAUGAGUUGAAGCUUUUAAAGCAGCAAUUGAAGCAGGAGUUUAGAAGGAGCACAGGAGGCACGGAGAGCUUAGAGCAAUUGGCUGGCCUCUCGCACCACUAUACUCCUAGCACAAGUGUAACCAGUGGAGGCUAUAGAGCUUACCCCAAGACAGAGAAAUACAGCAUAAGUCGAUUAACCUUGGAGAAGCAGGCAGCUAAACAGCUUCCUACAUCUAUGCUCUACCAAAAACACAAAAAUACCAGCAACAUUGGGAAAUACUCCUCCAUUCAGGACAGUAGGGGUUUAGACACAGACUAUAGCAGCUACUUGGGAUCCAGUGGUGCUUCAUCAAGGUCAAGCAGAUUACUACAGGAUGAGAUCACCUUUGGGCUUCGUAAGGGCAAUACAGAACAGCAGAAGUACCUGGGUUCAACUCUAGGGGCCAAUUUAGCUGGUUCACUUAACCUAAGCCAGGGUCUGAACCUGGGCGUGCGGUCAUCUUUGGGAGAGGACUCGGCUUAUCCCAGCGGAAGCCGUUCCCGGCCUUCAUCUAGACCUACCUCUAUGUAUGGCCUAGAUCUGUCCAUUAAAAGAGACCUCUCUAGCUCUUCCCUGAGGCUUAAAUCAGAAGGUGAUGCUCCCUCAGAGACCUCUGCCUAUCAGGCACCGUCAGGCAGGACAAAGCCCACCAGUUUGGCUAUUGGUCAAGGUGGACGUGGGAGAAUCCCUAUAGUGGCACAAAACUCAGAAGAGGAGAGCCCACUGAGUCCGGUGGGUCAGCCGAUGGGUAUGGCACGGGCAUCCGCUGGUCCGCUCCCACCUAUAUCUGCCGACUCCCGUGACCAGUUUGGGUCAUGUCUCUCUCUCCAGGAUACACAACAACAGCACCUUAGGGAGGAUUCUACCAGAGGGUGCAGCUACCUGCUCAUAGAUGACUUGCAGGGCACAAUGUCUGAUAGUGAAGCACUAAGUGAAUCCUUGAUGGUUGUGAACAGAGAUGAUCCAGGAAACACACAUGAAAAUGUCACAGACGGGUACCACCUGCGUCGAGAAGAGACUGACUGGUUUGACAAGCCACGAGACGAUGGGCAGGACUUGGACAGGAGACAGGUGAAGUCCCAGCAGUACCCAUUUCCUUAUAUGAGAGUAAAACUUCAAAGGGAUCCUAAAGACCGCAGUGUAUCAGGAAAUGGGCUGGGCAUUCGAGUGGUCGGAGGUAAGGAGGUUCCAGGCGGCAACGGAGAGAUCGGAGCAUAUGUGGCCAAAGUCAUACCUGGGGGAGCAGCAGAACAGACUGGAAAGAUAGUGGAAGGAAUGCAGGUCCUGGAAUGGAAUGGAAUUCCCCUGUCUACAAAGACAUAUGAAGAGGUUCAGGGUUUGGUCAUUCAGCAGUGUGGAGAGGCAGAGAUCUGUGUCAGACUGGAUCUGAACAUGUUGUCAGACACAGAGGGUUCUCACUUAGACCUCCAUGAGCAGAUCAAAGCAGACCGGCCACCAUGCUCUCCAGGUGUUGAUCCUAAGCAGUUGGCUGCAGAGCUGCAAAAGGUGUCUCAACAGCAGGUACCCAGCUCAACAACCUCCUCACUGUCGGCACUGGAUAAAGUCACGGCUUCAGGAGCCUCCAGCGCAGUACCCAGCCCCGGACAGCCUGGCUCACCUUCUGUUAACAAGAAACGUCACAGCAAGACAUCAGAAGCUGCAAAGACCCAGUCCCAUCCAGUCACUGGAGACAUCCAGCUUCAAAUCAAUUAUGACAAGCAGCUGGGCAAUCUUAUUGUUCAUGUACUUCAAGCGCGGAACCUGGCACCACGGGACAAUAAUGGUUACUCUGACCCUUUUGUUAAAGUCUACUUACUGCCUGGAAGAGGUCAGGUCAUGGUUGUGCAAAAUGCCAGUGGUGAGAACAAAAGAAGGUCCAAGCAUGUCCAGAAGAGCUUAAACCCAGAAUGGAAUCAAACAGUCAUCUAUAAGAACAUUCAUCUGGAACAGCUGAGGAAGAAGACUUUGGAGGUCAGCGUGUGGGACUACGACAAGUGCUCCUCAAAUGAUUUCUUGGGAGAGGUGUUGAUAGACUUGUCGAACACAGCACAGCUGGAUAAUAUACCUCGCUGGCUGCCGCUGAAAGAGCAGUGUGAGGGGGAGCACCACCGGCGCCAAGGGCGCCAACACUCUAACAAAGCAUCUAGUGGGCAUUCACCCAAAACCUCUGGACACAGCAGCCAGGACUCACCUAAAUCCUCCGUCAUCAAGAGCCGCAGUCAUGGCAUCUUUCCCGAUCCUGCAAAGGAUACACAAGUUCCCACUAUUGAGAAAUCUCACAGUAGCCCCAGCACUUCGAAGCCAUCUCCCUCUGAGGGCCAAACCCGCUCCCAUGGAACCCCUCGCUCUCACAGCAAAAGUGGCUCGGCCCGGGCGCACCCUGACGACGCCAUGGCAACAGCUGAAGCUAGCAGCGAACAGCACCGCCAUCAACCAACCCAAAAUGGCUGCCUCUCCCUGAGGCAUCACAGACACAGCGUAGCAGGCAUGCUCACCGUACAGAGAGCACCAUCCAACACGCCAGGCAAUGAGAUCACUGAAGUCCAGCACCUGAGCCUCCGAAAAGCCAUGUCAGAAGAAAGGCCACAGCUGGACAGAGCAUCGCGCAGCCAAAGAUCUGCUGAUGCCCCUGUUACUGCAGCCUCAUUGGACAGCGGUUUGAGUGGCAGUGCCUUCAGCCUAUUGGAGGAAGAGUGUGAGACCAAUGCAGUGGACAGUGCCAUCUUCCAAGUUCCUAGAUUCGGAAAGAUUCCAAAUGGCACAGAUGUUGUAAAGAUGGUACAUGGAGACACAGAAGGUAAAACCCAGGUAAUGGGGGAAAUAAAGAUUGCUCUGAAGAAGGAAAUGAAGACCGAGGGAGAGCAUCUAGUACUGGAAAUUCUUCAAUGCAGAAACAUCACAUACAAAUUUAAAUCUCCCGACCACCUACCAGACAUGUAUGUGAAGCUCUAUGUGGUGAACAUAGCCACUCAGAAAAGGAUCAUUAAGAAGAAAACUAGGGUGUGUCGUCACGACCGUGAACCCUCCUUCAACGAAACGUUUCGCUUCUGCAUGAACCCCACUGGACAUUCCAUUCAGCUUUUCCUGGUUUCGAAUGGAGGCAAAUUUGUGAAGAAGACUCUGAUCGGUGAGGCCUACAUCUGGCUGGACAAGGUGGACCUGCGUAAGCGAGUGGUCAGCUGGCACAAGCUAGUGGCCACCAGUGCCCAGAUUCAAUCGUAGAAUAAACAGGUCACAAAGAACAGACCGGACACUGUAGUUUUACAUAAACUCUGGUCCUGUGGAAUUAGUCCAGACAAAUAGGGAAGUUUUCCUGCAGAAUCCUAAAUCCUGUUAUGAGAUUGCAUUAAUCUGCACCAAGUCAGGAGUUGAGCCGCUUUAGCAUUUUACUAGCUAUGAAGGGAAACAGUUGUGUGAGUGCAGAUCUAACUUGGGGCAUUCAUCAGAUAUCCACACAUCUGAACACUCAAACGUACAGCAUUACACCAACGUGUGUCACCCGUGUUUUUGUACCAAAAAUCAUCAAUUAGCCACAAAAGACAGAAAAGGAAUACAUUUGUUGCUUUUGUUUUUAUUUUGACUGACUAUUUUGACUGCCAAGUCCAGCUUCUGGAUGUCCUCUUGUAAAGUGAUGAAAUGUAUUA